ACAGAUGUUACCUACAACCACUGGCUGGGUCUGACUCUGGCCCUGCUGUCGGCCUUCCUGAUUGGUGGGAGCGUCAUUCUGAAGAAGAAAGCUCUCCUCCGAUUGGCCAGCAAGGGUCACACCAGAGCAGGUGACGGAGGUCACAGCUACCUGAGGGACUGGCUGUGGUGGGGCGGCCUGUUAACCAUGGGAGUUGGUGAGGUCUGUAACUUCGCCGCCUACAUGUUCGCUCCGGCCACUCUGGUGACUCCGCUGGGCGCUCUGAGCGUCCUCAUCAGCGCCGCUCUGUCCUCCUACCUGCUCGGGGAGGAGCUGAACGUGGUGGGGAAGCUCGGCUGUCUGCUGUGCGUGCUGGGAAGCGUCCUGCUGGUUAUCCACGCCCCACAGGAACAGGAAGUGACAUCACUUCAGGACAUGACCAACAAGCUGCUGGAGCCCGGUUUCCUGGUGUACGCGGCGGCCGUGCUGCUGCUGUGUGCGGUGCUCGUGUUUUAUUUCUCUCCUCGGGUCGGUCGCUCCAACAUCUUCGUCGACGUCAGCAUCUGCUCGCUGCUCGGAGCGUUCACCGUCUCCUCCGUGAAAGGCCUCGCCAUCGCCAUCAACACCGUGCUCGGUGAUACCUCGGUGCUCGCUAGUCCUCUCACCUGGAUCCUGCUGUUCACUCUCAUCGUCUCCAUCGUAACGCAGGUGAACUACCUGAACAAGUCUCUGGACACCUUCAACACCCUGCUGGUCUACCCGGUCUACUACGUCCUCUUCACCACCGUGGUCCUCACCACCUCCAUCGUCCUCUUCCAGGAGUGGAGGAGCAUGGCGGCCGUGAACGUGGUCACGACGCUGGGAGCCUUCCUGGUCAUCGUGGUGGGCGUGGCCAUGCUGCACCUCUUCAGAGAGCUGCAGAUGACGAUGAAACAGCUGACCAAUCAGCUGGCUCAGCCGGUGGAGAGGGAGGGGCUUCCAGAGGAGGUUUCAGCCAAUGGACGAGCAGGAGGAGGAAGCAGGAAUAGAAAGGAGGAUAAAUACGGACUGAUGGACAACAUGGUGAUAGAGAGUCUUCCUCCUAUGAGAGAUGAAGGCCCGAGGGUCUUCAUCAUCAGCUGAAGAACAACGGGGGGGCACAGGUCUGUGCUUCCUGUCUGGACUUUGUAGUUCACACUGGUCAGGGCUGUAGUCCUGAGAGGUCAAUGAGGUUCAUCAGCUUUCAAACAAAACAAAUCACAUUUACUGAACAAGCUCAACACGGAGUCAGUGUAGUAUAGUGUAUAGUGUAU